AGCCUCAGUAUGUCGUUGACAUACUUCCUCUUUCAAGUAGUGGUCGCCUUACUGGCGAUCGUGACCUACUGUCUCCACCGAAAGUUCACUUACUUUAAGCGCCGUGGAAUUCCGUAUGAUACACCCCAUCUGAUCAGGGGAAACAUGGAUGGAUAUAAGAAAACCAAGACCGUUCACCAAAUCUACCAGGACUACUACAACAAGUAUCGGAACAGCAAGGCUCCUUUUGUGGGAUUCUACCUCUUUCAAAAGCCUGCCGCGUUUAUUAUAGAUCUGGAGCUGGCUAAGCAAAUACUGAUAAAGAACUUUUCCAAUUUCUCCGACAAGGGAUUGUACUACAAUGAAAAAGAUGAUCCCAUGUCAGCGCAUCUUUUUAACCUAGAUGGUCCGCAGUGGCGCUUGCUGAGGAGCAAAUUAUCCCCGACUUUCACAUCUGGUAAAAUGAAGUUCAUGUAUCCGACGGUUGUGUCUGUGGCUGAAGAAUUUAUGGCUGUGAUGCAUGAGAAGGUAUCCGAAAACUCUGUACUGGAUGUUCGGGAUCUGGUGGCCAGGUUCACAGUGGAUGUCAUCGGAACCUGCGCCUUUGGCAUCCAGUGCAACAGUCUGCGUGAUGAGAGGGCCGAGUUUUUGCAUUUCGGGCGGCGGGCUUUAUUGGAUGCGCGACAUGGUAAGCUCUUGACUGUCCUUAUGCUGAGCUAUCCCAGUUUGGGCAGACGAUUGGGUCUCCAGCAAAAUGCCAUUCAUAUCCAGAACUUCUACCACAGAAUAGUCAAAGAGACUGUCAGGUUACGCGAAAAGGAGAAUAUCAAAAGGAAUGAUUUCAUGGACAUGCUUAUUGCCUUGAAAAACCAAAAGGAAAUGACUCUUGAUAAUGGCGAGGUAGUCAAAGGUUUGACUAUGGAGGAAGUAGUUGCCCAAUCCUUUGUGUUCUUCAUUGCUGGCUUCGAUACCUCAUCCUCCACAAUGGGAUUUGCGCUCUACGAAAUGGCUAAAAAUCAGGAAAUACAGGACAAAGUUAGGGCCGAGUUGGAGGAGGUUUUGCAGAGUCAUGAUCAUAAGCUUACCUACGAAUGCAUCCAAGAUCUUAAGUACCUCAAUCAGGUUAUAAAUGAAACCCUUCGCCAUUAUACCAUUAUACCAAAUGUGGAUCGAGUGGCUGCCAAGCGUUUUGUAGUCCCUGGAAACCCAAAAUUUGUCAUUGAAGCUGGACAGUCGGUCAUCAUUCCCUCCACGGCCAUCCAUCGCGAUCCCAUCAUCUAUCCCGAACCCAAUGAAUUCCGUCCCGAGCGAUUCUCUCCAGAGGAAUCCGCAAAUCGUCCUUCAGUCGCCUGGCUGCCUUUUGGAGAAGGUCCUCGGAACUGUAUUGGCCAAAGGUUUGGACAGAUGCAGGCUCGCACUGGACUAGCUCUGCUUAUCAAGAACUUCAGGUUCUCCACAUGCUCAAAAACCGAUGAUCCCCUCAUCUUCAAUACGAAUUCUGCUGUUCUACUUGGACUAAAAGGCGGAAUUCAUCUAAAGUUGGAGGCCCUCUAAAAGAAAUGUUUUAAAAAAGUAAAUUCCCGACUAAAAAAGCUAUGAUAAAUAUAUUAAGUCUUCAAAAAAUAUUAAAAGAAUUAACCAUUUCUAUUCAGAUUAUUGUUAUACUUAUUCAUUUGGUUUACAUAAACUGAAAAUGUAAU